AUGGCGCCCCGGUCCCGUCCGGUCCCCGUCGUGGGCCGCGGCUCGGCCGGCCCGGGGGGGCGGGGCCCCGCCGCUCCCCUCGCGGCCAAUCGGCGGCCGGCCCGGGGCGGAGUGACCGGGGGCCCGCCCAAUGGGCGCCGGCCCCCGCUCCCCGGGCCACCAAUCGGGUGGGGCCCUUGGGGCGGGACCGCGCCUCUCGGGGAGGGCGGGGGGCGCGCCGGCACCGGACGGGCCCUGCACCCCGAAGGGAAGCAGAGGGGCCGACCGGGGAAAGCACCGGGCCUAUUGCGAGGCGGCUGGCAGGAGGUUAACAGCUUUGCGCAGCCUCCUCUCUGCCCGUGGAGGCGGCCGGAGGCAGGGACGGCGCUGUUGAAGAUCCUCUGCCCGGCUGAGCCCAUCAACAUCCCUGGAAGGCCCCUGAGCUGGGAGAAGAGCCCAAGGGGGCACUGGAACUCGGGGAAAUCGAGCCCCCCCAAGGGGCCCAAACAAGGGUCCGAGGCACAGGCCGCUGCCGCUCCCUGGCCGACAUCCCCCUCCCCCGACGUCGAGGAGCCCCCGUGCCGGGGGACUGAGCCUGCCGGGCCAGCGGAGCCAUGGGGAAAGACCCCAGUGAUCGCAAACCCUCAGCGUCCCCGUGAGGAGGCUCUGAACCCCUGA